AUGCCCGAGUGUGUGUGUGUAAGUGUGUGUAAGUGUGUGUGAAUGUGUGUGAAAGCUACCACUAGUCGCCCCCAGUGCUCUUCAGUCUCCACUCUCCCUUCUCACCGCAGACUGAACGUCACGUCCGCACUUGAACUUGAGUUUUCUCCCACCGUAGAAGCCAGAGAGCCGCACAGAGCCACGCAGAGCCACGCGCGCGCGCCGGGGGGACGCGAGACUCCUCCGCGAGCACAAAGAGAAAAAGAAGGUGACAGACCGUCCUCGGACCAGUGCCGGGCUCUGACUGCAAGAGUUAAAGUGUUGAGAGGCCGGUGCUGAGUGCAGCGCUGAAGGUGCCCACCACUUGGCGAGAACAGAACUGGAUUCCUGUUUUGCACGCGUCAGCCGAAGUCCAGCCACACGCGUCACUCCUCAAGACUGAGUAGUGUCCAGUGUCCGGAGAGUGGACACAAACAGGGACAGUCCAUCAGGAGGUGACUCCAAAGCUUUUGCGCUCCGCUCUUUUUUUUUUUUCUCUUUUCCGCGCUCCUUUGAGGGGAUGGUGUGAAAGCGACAGAGGAAAGAGUCCGAUUGUUCCCCCCCCUCCCUUUGCGCUCCAAGAAGGGAGGCGCGCAACCACUUUGGCACCGAGCUCUGAGCGAGCGCCCCGGCGCCCAGCGCUGCGCCACGGCCGGUGACCGCAGAGCGCAACAGCCGCUGCCCACCCAGGACAGAUACACCGCGCAGGGGUCAGUCCGCGGGCCGCACCUGGGGCCGGAGCGAAGCGGUCAGCUGGGGGUGACCAGUGAUUUUUGGGGCCAGUUUGGCCGUUCAGAGCAGCGGCAGACGCAGGAAGAGAAGAAGACGGAGGAGAAGGAGGAGGAGAGCCGACCUUUUCUGAGUAGCUCUCCGGGCGAUGCCAAUGUAAAUGCCAGGGCGAUGUCCCGACGCAAGCAGGGGAACCCGCAGCACCUGUCCCAGAGAGAAAUAACGCCGGAGGUUGAGCAUCAAGAUGGCGCUCUGCUCUCUGACUCGUCACCCCCCCACCCACUCGGCCUUCCUGGCCACACACUGGAGCCCAGCUUGGCCCACACGCUGCCACCCGGCCUUCACGUCGAUCACGACCUGCUGACCUGCGGCCAGUGCCAGCUCACCUUCCCGCUGGGCGACAUCCUUCUCUUCAUCGAGCACAAGAAGAAGCAGUGCCAAACACCGCUGCUGCCCAACGGUUGCUUCGACAAGAUGAAUGACCGAGGAGGUGGAGGAGGAGGUCUGCAAAGCCUUUAUCACUACGCCCAGCGGGGGGAGCUGAGAAAGGUGGUAGAGCCGGUGGAGAUCGGCAUCCAGGUGACACCAGAGGAGGAGGAGGCGGCGGGAGGGAGAGGAAGAGGAGAUGGAGUGGAGAGGGGGGAAAAGACGCCCACCAAAGGAAUUUGCCCGAAACAGGAGAGCGCACCAGCAGUUGGCAGAGAUGAACCCUCAAACUACAUAUGUACCACCUGUAAGCAGCCGUUCCCCAGCGCCUGGUUCCUGCUGCAGCAUGCCCAGAACACUCAUGGCAUUCGCAUCUAUCUGGAAUCAAAUCCCUCCAGCACAGCCCUCACACCUCGACUCACCAUGCCGCCGCCCAUGGGCAACGACUCCAUCCCACAAUCCCCACUCACCAGCUUUCUAGGGGAAAAUAAUCCCUUCCACCUGCUAAGAAUGACGGGGCCUUUACUCAGAGAACCACCCCCAGGCUUUGUUGAGAACCGUCUCCCCAACACACCACCGUUUGUCAGCCCACCUCCCCGCCAUCACCUGGACCCCCAUCGGCUAGAACGCCUUAGCGCUGAGGAAAUGGGCCUCAUCUCACAACAUCCCAGUGCCUUUGAGAGGGUGAUGCGGCUUACGCCGAUGGCCAUGGAGUCCCAGUCAAUGGAUUUCUCCCGGCGAUUACGUGAACUGGCAGGGAACACUAACAGCACUACGCCACCACUGUCUCCCAACAGGCCAAACCCUAUGCAUCGACUGCUAAACCCCAAUCCCUUUCAACAAGGCCCCAAAUCUCCCUUUCUAAGCACUCCACCAUUGCCACCAAUGCCCCCAAACAGCACCACUCCUCCCCAGACACAAAACAAGAUCAAGUCCUGUGAGUUUUGUGGUAAGACGUUCAAGUUCCAGAGCAACUUGGUGGUGCACCGGCGCAGCCAUACUGGAGAAAAACCAUACAAGUGCCAGCUGUGUGACCAUGCCUGCUCUCAGGCAAGCAAGCUGAAACGCCACAUGAAGACACACAUGCACAAGGCUGGAUCCAUGACAGGGCGCUCAGAUGAUGGCCUUUCCACCACUAGCUCUCCAGAACCAGGCACCAGUGAUGUCACUGGUGAGGGCAUUAAAAAUCGUGAUGGUGAUUUUCAAGGGGAGGGAAAUGAGGAGGAGGAAGAGGAAGAGGAAGAAGAGGAACUUGAGAAUGAGAGUCGACCAGAAUCGAACUUCAGUAUGGAGUCAGAGUUCUACAGGAACAGGGAAAAUGGUUCUAAACCUCCUUCGGAAGAAAAGACAUCUCUCUCUCUUGAGAAGAUGGUAGAUGGUGGGGCUAUUAACUCAAUUCAACAAUAUAAUAAUUUGAUAGUUGACAAUCGUAAAAGGAUGUCCUUCUCAAAAAGGGCCUCUGAUGGCCAGAGGGACAAUGGAGAUGAGGACUCUGUUGUUGGAGAGAUGGAUCACCACCAGCAGGAAGAGCGGACAACCAUUAACGGCCGGAACUGUGGCUCCGGUGACUCUUUCUCAGGCUUGUUUCCUCGAAAGCCCACCCCCAUCACCAGCCCCGCUCUCUCCAAUUCCUCAAACAAGAGGAUCAAGAUUGAAAAGGACUUGGACAUCCACCAGGCACCACAUAUCCCUUCUGAGAACGUGUACUCCCAGUGGUUGGUGGGCUAUGCUGCCUCUCGCCACUUUAUAAAAGACCCUUUCUUAGGCUUCACUGAUUCCAGACAAUCGCCCUUCGCCACUUCGUCUGAGCACUCAUCGGAAAAUGGCAGCCUGCGCUUUUCGACACCUCCAGGAGACCUGCUUGAUGGUGGUCUAUCUGGCCGCAGCGGAACCGCAAGUGGGGGAAGCACGCCUCAUUUAGGUGGAGGAGCUGGCCCAGGUCGACCGAGUUCCAAGGACGGGAGGAGGUGCGACACCUGUGAAUAUUGUGGGAAGGUGUUUAAGAACUGCAGUAACCUGACGGUGCACCGGCGCAGUCACACAGGAGAGAGGCCCUACAAGUGUGAGCUGUGCAACUAUGCAUGCGCCCAGAGCUCAAAGCUCACCCGCCACAUGAAGACGCAUGGCCAGCUUGGAAAGGAGGUCUACCGGUGUGACAUUUGCCAAAUGCCCUUCAGUGUGUAUAGCACUCUGGAGAAACACAUGAAAAAGUGGCAUGGAGAACAUUUGAUGACCAGUGAGGUCAAAAUUGAACAAGCAGAGAGAGCCUAAGGUACAUUUUCAAUGCUCUGUCAUUCUUCUUAGACUCUAAAAAAGACAACAAAUUAAGGGGGUAGCUGGAUACUUUUAUAUUGAUUUUAGUUUAAGUUUGUGUUUUUAUUAAAAAAAACUGCCAACUGAGAAAAAAAAUGAGAUCUUAACUGAAGCUGUCUAAACUGCCUCAUUUGGCAUUCAUUUUUAAACAAUCAGUCUGACGAGUUUUAAAUGUGUGGAGCCUUUAACUGUGCAAUAAUUUCUGUAUUUAUUGGAUUUUGUAUUUUGGCAUGUGCAGGUACAUCCUUUUUUUACUGUUUAUUUUGAGUUUCGCAUUUCAUUAAACACACAUGACAUCCUGAGAGUUCUUCAGCAAUUUUAAGAGAAAUACAGUUUACGUAGGUUAUUUGUUUUGGACAUGGCUUAAGGGAAAUGUAUAUUAAGAAAAUUGUUUAGGGUCUAGAACAGAUGCCAAGUUCAAUUUUUGUUUUGAAAGUUAAUUGUGAGUGCUAGAGUGAAUUUAUUUUGCAUAACAAUAUGCGGACAACAAUCUUUUUUGGCAUUGUAGUAUGAAAUGACUCUAAGAACAUGAUUUAAUUGGAUAUGUAGAAACGAGUGUCAUAGCAAACAGUAAAUGUCAAACAAAAGAGGAUCCCAAGAUUCAUUAACCCUGAAUAUCGUAACCAGCCUGAGGAAACAGGUUCUCAACAAGACAGCUGCUGACUGCAACAACUCUAUGAAAACUUAUUAGGUUUCACUCUAACCUUACUACAUUAUACACCUGUGCAUUACAUUUUUCACCAAGUCCCAUUACAUUUCGGUGUUAAAAUUAACCAGUAGGGGAACGUGAAGCCAUGUCAAGUACACACAGAGAGAUAGGACAGAGAAACAGAAAGACCACAUAGAUGUCUCAGGGUAAAAUAUAACUGCUCAAUUUUUGUUUUUACCCGCUCUUUCCUAUGCUGCCUUUCAAUGACAGAUUUCAACAUCUACAAAUAGACAUAUUUAGCUACAAAAUAUAUAUUUCAUUUAUUCCAAGGAGGAAAGUUAAGAAAGUUGAUUGGAUAUCAGUUUAAAAAGGAUAACAUUUCUGGAGCUGAAAUCUUUAAGAAUUUCACAUAUUCUUAGGAGUUUCAAGAGCAGCAUUCUUACUUACAUUAAAAUUACUUAAAUAUUCUCUAUCACAAGAGGAUAUUUAAAUAUCUCAGCCUCUGUUUGCUUUAAGCCAUUCCAACUUUAUAGUUGCACUUCUCCUAGAAAAAUGAAUAAAUCACAUUUAUUUCAAAUGCAGACCGUUAUCAGAAACCGGCACUUUACGAUGUAUCAUCCAUUGCACACAGACAAUACAGCUAAGCGGGACAAAGGGUGUGGAGCUUGGGAUCUACUGAUGCUUGAGUGCCACAAUAGGCCUAGCCUAUCCAAACGCUGGCACAAAAAAUGUAAUAAAUAAAUGAUGGGAGUAAUAAGAAUAUUAAUUUAUUCUGGACAUUUUGUGUACUGCCAUUCAAUUUGACUUGAGUGUGCCUUGAAUAUGAUCUUCCUUUUAAUUGUCUGAGACAAAUGUUAUGCUUUCCCUGAAUCACGAAAUUGAACAAAAAAAAUGUUUAAUUUAAAGUGGAAUUUGACACUUAAAAUAAAAAAUUAGAAAAAAAAACAAUGUGCUUAGGUUUAGCAUUAGCAGAUUACCCUGCACAAUAACAAUGUGUCUGUGUGUAUAUAUGUAUGCAUUUGUACAUAUAAAUGCACAACCUAUAUGAAUAUAUAUAGAUCUAUAUCAAAUUCGACACUGACAAGGCCAUGAGUUUGUUCCACAUCCGGAUCGUCAGGCAGCAGAUAAAAACCUCACAAAAACUGGAUAAAAAUCAGGAAAAACAGAAACUAGAGCAGAAUUUAGUGCACUCUGUCUUGAAGAAGUUUACAGUAUUGACACAAGGAUUAAAAAUCUCUUUGUGUGUGUAAAACAUUUUUUUUAAAGAUUGUUUUAAAACUUUUUAAGUUCUUUUUUCAUUGCUUCUCAUUUUUUGUGACGGGUUUUGAUAUAUAUAUAUAUAAAUAUAUAUGAAUAUAUAUGACAUUUUUCUGGUUUACUGUAAAAGUAUAACAGUAUUUGUAAUAUUGGAGAAUGCCUGGGCAUUUUACAGAAAUGUAAAAAAAAAAAAAACGCUGUUUUCCUUAUUUUUUUAAAUAUCUUUUAUUUUACAGUCCAAUUUAAAUUGUGGGUCUCUAAAACUGUUUUCUUUUGUUUAUUUUUUAUUUCUUUUUGUUUUUUGUCCAUGUAACUGUAAAAGUCCUGAGUUUUAGUAACCUUUCUUCUGGCUUGAGUGUAAAGAAAUAAAAAAAACUAAAAAAGUGGAAAAAAAAGUCUGAGCUGGAACGAUUUGCAGAUGGAAAGUUUAGGGAAUGUUGUUUCCGGUUUUCUGGAAGAAUCAUGGAGAAUCCUGACCUGUAUCUAUUUUUCUUCUCCUGGAAUGGAUUAUUCUCCAUGGCUGGUUUGAAUUACAUGUGUAGGCGCUUGCUGUCGUUCCUAAUGAGCUUGUCUUUUUUUUUUUAAAUCCUGUAGGCUGUGUGCAUCUUUUGUGAAUGAAUAGGAGUGACUUUCUGACCAAUCCAACUCACGGGCUGCCAUGAUCUGUUUGUACAAACAGAACCUGAUCAAUUUGUACUGUUGUACUGAAUCAUGUUGUACAGAAUGGGAUCAAAUAAAGGUUGUUAAACAGCCUUUUAGUGAAAAAAACACAUCUUGAUGUUUUGGUUGUACAUAGUUUUUUCUAUGACUACUCUGUUUUACUUUAAUUUGUCCUUUCUGUUUGUGAUUUCUGACCGGCACUGGCAGUGGCCUGGAUGUGGAACGCUGGGGGUUCUCCAUGUCAGUUUCCAGGCCUCAGCAUGAGAACAGAGCACAAAUACAAGAUGUUACAAACGUCUAUCUUACUUGUCUGCCUCUUUUU